UUGGGGCAGCCCUGCCCCACCUCCACAGGCUCAUAACAACCGCUCUUUGUGUGCCUGGCCCCACAGGCCCCACACACAACACACACACACACACACCGAGAGACCCGGAUGCCUCCUCUCCUUGCUGCUACUGCUGCUGCCCCUCUCCUCCGCCUCUCCCUUCCAGCAUGAUGUUCUCCUCCUCUGGCGGCGGGCCCAGCGCUGGGCAAACCUGCAGCCUGGUGCUGAUCUUCGCGGUGCUGCUGCAGUCUAUCUGCGUCGCCAUCACCUUCCUCUAUUUCACCAACGAGCUGCAACAGCUCCGUGCUACUUAUUCUGAGAGCAAUUUGGCUUGUUUUAGUCGAGAAGAUGUUUUACUACAAGACAUGGAUGCAGAUAACAUCGACGAGAGUGACCCCUGCUGGCAAGUCAAGUGGCAGCUCUCACGGUUAAUCAAAAAGAUUGUGGCAAAGCACCGCCUGGAAGAUGCAAUUUCUGGUGCAGCCUCCUCGGCAACAGGUCACACUUCUCAAGUUUCCACUGCAACUGAAAGAGAAGCUUCCAAGAAUGCUGUGCCCAGAGUGGCAGCUCACCUCACUGCAAACCAAAAUUGGAGGCAUCCUGAAACCAUACAAAGUCUUCCAUUGGGAAACAACCUGGGAUAUAAGAUAAACACAUGGGAGGCCUCAAGAGACAGCAGCUCAUUUCUUUACAAUCUAAGGUUGAACAAUGGAGAGCUGGUCAUACCACAGACAGGUGUCUACUAUAUCUACUCCCAGACUUAUUUUCGGUUCCGUGAACCUGAGGGGGUGGAACCUGAUGCAGAUCCGGACUCUGACAGUGUUCGAAACCCUAAACAAAUGGUUCAGUUCAUUUCAAAGUACACUGACUACUACCCAGACCCCAUCCUAAUGAUGAAAAGUGCUCGAACGAGCUGCUGGUCCAAGAAAGCAGGAUAUGGACUUUAUUCCAUUUAUCAAGGGGGGUUGUUCCAAUUAAACGUGAAUGACAGGAUAUUUGUCUCUAUCAGCAAUAAAGAUUUAGUAGACAUGGAUAAACCAGCAAGUUUCUUUGGAGCCUUCUUGGUCUCUUAAGAGAGAAAGAAAAAUAAAGAGAAUUCAAAAAACAUUGAAAGGAUUGGCUAAGAAAUCAGAAGAUAGAGGUUUGAAUUGUAUCACAAGGACAUUCAUUCAGUAGAACUGGAACAACUGCAUAUUUCCUACUGAAUGGUUGCCAUCCUGAACCACAAUUCGAUUUUGUGGAGAAACGAAUGAAUCGCAAUUAGCCAACUUAAAAGGAAAACCAGGUAUUAAUGGUUGAAAUACCAUUAAAUGACAUCAGUUCUGUGAACUGUUUUCUAGCUGUGAUCCAGAGUGUGUUGCCAACACAAAAAACUGUGUGCAACUCUUUGACAGAGGAUCACACAGUAGAAAGAUGUAUGAAGCAAGACAUGAGGAUAUGCCUCCAUCACUCUGUAGUCUGGAGGAAUUCGGGAGAUUGAUGUUUCCUAGACUGGAGCUACAAUCUUUGUCAAUAUGACCCAUCAGAAUUUUGUCAAAGGAGUUACACCUGGUCAAGUUUUCCCCCGAUUGCAAACCUUUUCACAACAGGAUUAUUAUGAGAGUUCAGGAAUGUCACAGAGAAAAGCUAUAGACUGUUGAAAGGUGAAACGAUGUGCUGAAAGGAUUGAGUCCUGCUCAUUGCCAUGCAGAGCAUAGCAUGUGAACAUUUUCCUAUGGGAUGAACAUGUGCCUUUCACUGAGUUUGUAAUCUGUGCAGUCUCAGGAAGGCAACCACAUUAUAUUUCCAAACGUACUGCUCUGCUCUGUCAUACUGUGAAGUUUGCAGAAGAGUGCAAUGGAUAUCUUACUCCUUCGUUGCACGCUGGAUAAUAAUGAUUAAAUCCGUUCACCCUGCCGUUGGAAAAGUGACCCUCUAAAGUCAGAAGUUUCAGGUGCUUCAUUAAACAUUUCCCUUUUGAGCAAGAUUUCCUUUUUUGGAAAAUAAAUCCUCAGUCUUCCUUUGAAGUCAACAUUCUAACAAAAAUCCUUCUCAUUGCCCACUUCCAUAAACCUGACGCAUCCUGGAAAGCAUGAAUACUGAAGAAACAGGAAUUACUAUUGGUAGCAGCCUUCGGUUGUAGGACACAAAAGACCACAUCUAGGUGAAGGCCUAGCAACCUGGUCUGGAGUAUGGUGAAUUUGUGCAGGCAGCUUGAUUUGUUGUUGCUUUUACUCUAGAAUCUUUGUUCAAUGUCCUUUACAUGUGUGUGUUCUGUUUGUGUGCAAUGGAAGCUUCAAUCGGUUUGCUCUAGUGAUCAGGGGAGUCCUCCCCAGUGGUAAAUAAUGGUUUCCAUGCCAGUGAUGACAAUGAGCCAAUACAAGAUUUUAAUCCAUGUAUUACAAGAGCUGACUGAAGUGCAGUACCCUGUUCACAAUAGAGGUCAGAAUCUUGGUGAAUGCAUUUAAUAUUUAGACCUGUGUUUCCCAAAUUCUGGUCUUCCAGGUAUUUUGAACUUCUGCUCCCAGAAUCACUGGUCAUUGGCCAAGGCAUCUGCAACAUCUGGGAGCUGAUGUCAAAAAAUAUUUGGAGGAUUACAGUUUAGGAAUCACUGGCUUAGAUUUAAGGCCUAUGGAUUUUUCGUCCCACUGUCAUGGAAGACAAAAUCCACUACUGCCCAUCUCCAGUUAAGGUAGGCUGCAGCAAGGUGCCUGAAUAUAAUUUACCCCUAUUCCAAUGGGCUGAUAGCUGUGGUGAGCAACCAGAGAUCAAUGGUCAGUUGCAAGCACCUGCCAUUCUAGAUUCCCCAUGAUGUCCCAAGGAAGUGUUGCUCUGCAUCAUUGGGGAAAUUUUAAAUUGGCAUGCUUUACAGUUGUCUGUGGGUCAGGUGAGAGGAGCAGACGGUAGUUGGCCAAGCCAAGCCAUUCUCCCAACAGUGUGAUGUGCCAACUUAUCCAGAGUGGCUAAAAUCAGAUUCAAAUACUUGUGAAUUUGAAGUGGUUGAUCAACUUGUUUCCUGCUAUAACAUCAAUGAUUCCCCACCACUGGCUUGGCCAGCUAAGUUGAUGGAAUACCCAGUCUCAAUAUGCUGCUGGUGCAUGUUGCCCAGCCUGGUGCAAAACACUUUUUGACUUGGGCAUACAUCAUUUAAUUUAUGUCCAGAGUUUUUGUCCUAAAUGACUGCUGAAAUGUAUGGAGAUGCAAUAUUGAUGGAAGGGAUUCUGUGUUGCAUUUGCCUGCAUUGCAAUAAGAGCUGUAGUCCCUUGACAUUGCACAAUUAUAAUGCCGUGUUUCACUUGAAUUGCCAUGGGAACACCUGGAAUCUUCUGGUUCAUACCCUGAUAAGGCAUUCAAGCUCUCUAGCAGAAAAUGUAUAAUGCCUCUCCUAAACUCCCAGAAUUCCAGAGGAGUUGACUGUAGCAAUUAAAGUAGAAACACAGUUUUAGAAUUGUUUAUUGUGAAUGGACUUAUGUAGGUACAGAUUUCGAGAAUCACAAUAUGUGUUUGUAUGUGUCUUUGCAUUGCCUCUUGUGCUUUCAUAUUGCUUGUGGACCUGUGGUCACCCCAUAAAUUUCAUAGGGUUUUCUUGGGUGGUUUUGCUCAUUCCUUCACCUAAAAUGUAACCUACUGAGCCUGGUAUUAAUCUUUUAUCCAAGUGCUAACUUGAGUUGUCCCACCUUGAAAUUGUUUGAAAGAUUACUUCAUCAGUGCUGGCAAACUGAUGGCAAAGAUGGUGGAAUUUCUUGAUCCUGUUUUUGUCUAUUUUUAAGGUGUGGUUAUUCAGAGUCAUCAGGAACUCCCUGAUUUCCUUGUAAUUUAUUAAAACGGUCAUGUUUUCCCCAGCUCUUAAGAGCUGGCACGAGUGACCGAAACAACAUGACCCUGCUCUUCCACCCACAAAUCCUUCCUGCGCACAGGAGUAGGGCAAGGUGACCCUGGCAAUCUCCAUGUUGGGCAGUGCUCUCAUUUAACACUACUACGUAACUCUCUUCCCAAAAGAAUAUCAGAAUUGCAUAAUAGCAAGAGAGAAAAAAGGAGAUGGGUCUUCAUUGUUUCUGCCUUAAAUAAAUUUCACAGCAUCAUCUGAUGGAAGCUUAUGUGGAAGAAAAACCUCACUAUAUCCAGUAAGGUAUGUAGAAACAAUGGUGGAUACUGGUUCUCACUGUCAGUGAGGUGAUAAGCCCACUCCAGAUUUUAGUCUGAACUUUGAGACUGCAAUUGAACCUUAUGUCCAACAACCUCGAUAAUUCCACUGCAGUUUGGACUAAAACCUGGAGCCAUAUUGGAUUUUAUUGCUCUCAGAAUUAGGUGCCAGAUGUAGCAUAUUGUGUGGGUGUUUGUUUGCAAUGCAUGUAACUAGAAAUGUGCUAGAGGCCCAUUUCUUUCUCAACAUUAAGAGAAUAAUGCAUUGAAUUCUCCCUUCCCAGGAUGGUGAAGUGAUUCUACUGAAUAGGAGGUGGGAGAGGGGCGUCCUUUCUUUUUUUGAAAGCUUCCCACUGUUGAGUUUCCUCUCUAAUAUUGCCUUGGUGGUGCAAUGGGUUAAACCCUUGUGCCAAUAAGAAAGGUCAGAGUUUCAAAUCCGGGGAGAGCGUGGAUGAGCUCCUGUUGGCUCCAGCUCCCCAUGCGGGGACAUGAGAGAAGCCUCCCACAAGGAUGGUAAAACAUGAAAACAUCCGGGCGUCCCCUGGGCAACGUCCUUGCAGACGGCCAAUUCUCUCACACCAGAAGCCACUUGUAGUUUCUCAAGUUGCUCCUGACAUAAAAAAAAAUGCCUUGGUAGUUCUUGUGGCAUUACGAAGCUGCCUCCACUCUGGACUUUACCAUGAUUCACUAAUAUGGGAACCACAAUUACAAGUGGGGCAUUGUCAGUUACUUAAUCCAAGAAAAGUGGCAAAUUUUAUUUGAUUUUUUAAAUAGAAAAUAAAAGACAACAGCAAAUUUUCUCCUCAGCUACCUGGUAUUUAGGUGAACCCUUCUCUCUCUUUCUCCCCUUGAAUCCAAGAAUAAAGUGCUAGAAUAUUGCUCUCCCCCAUCCCAAAAAGUGAACAAAAUAUCUCUUCUCAUUGUGGAAACAGCAAGAAAAAUUGUUGGCCUAUUGUGAUAUGUAACACAAAAAUGGAACACAAAUGUCCAGAGGGAGAUGCAUUUUAUACAACUGUAUUAUAUCUUGCUACAUUUUGUAAAUAUUUUUUUAUAAAACUUAUUUUUUAAAAUAA